AUCAAGGGAAAGCCGUCUCCUUGCUCGCAGACAGUAUGAUGUGUGGACUUCCGGACAAGGUAUAAAAUCGUGAAAUUGAAGUGAGAAGCAUCAUUCAGAGUGAAUGGAAAGUAUCGAGAACAGAACGAACACCAUGGAUACGAGUUUGACCAGCGUUCUAUGUCCACCACAGCGAACAAUAGACCUUCUGGAUUUGCGAAAGCGACACGUAAAUCUAAUGGCGGUCGAAGAUUGCAAGGAUAGGCUGAUCCAGGACCUAUUGUUCGAGGUCGAAACCCUUCAAUUGGCUCUUCAUGGCGAACGCACCAAGCUGGAAACCGAGAGAUACGCUUUCACCCAGGAACUUACAAAGUGCAAACUGGAAAAUGAAGACCUGAGACACAAUAAAGGGAAAUUGAGCUUUGUUUCUAUCCUUGUUGACGGGGAUUGUAUGAAUUUCAACGACGCCCUCGUCAAAGACGGCCACAGUGGCGGCCGCGAAGCCGCACUGCUACUGCGCCAAUCUGUCGAGCGCUAUAUCCGGAACAUCGACCCCGAAGCCAGUCCAAAUCUACAGUACAAAGUAUGUGUCUAUGCCAACAUACCCGGUCUCGAAAAAGCCUAUCGGGAAGCAAAAGUCCUGUCAUCGAAUGAGACUCUCACCCCAUUCAUUCGAGGAUUUAACAUGGAAAGUAGUCAAUGUGACUUCAUUGACGCAGGCAAUGGCAAAGAGUGCUCGGAUGUCAAGAUCCGAGCAACUUUCGAGCGAGACAUCCUCGACGUCCACUGCCACCACAUUGUCUUCUGUGCCGCAACAGACAACGGCUACGCCCGUCUCCUCGGCCCGCACAGAGGGACCAACCGCAUCACCCUCGUCGAGGCCGCGCCCUUCGCCUGGGAACUCGAACAGCUAUCGAGUGAGUUCCGAAGCACCAAGUUCCCAGCGGUCUUCCGGUCCGCAAAGCUGCCCGCCGCUUGCGCAUCCUCGUUCAGCGCUACUGCUGCUACUGCUGCUUCUGCUGCUUCUGCUGCUGCAACCACCUCAGCAAGCAAGACAACGCCUACGGAUUCCGCUCCAUCGAGCGCCAGCAGUACUCCAUCCUCAUCGCCUCCUCCUCUUCAGGACUAUGCUACCAUUGCAAAAGCCAACCUUCGACUGCCACCCACCUUUUCCGUCUCCAGACCGACACCUUCUUCUUCUCAAAUACCAGGCGUAUCAUCGCCAUCCUCCCCCUCCUCCUCAACAUCAUUAGUAGCAAAACCAUCACCCUCAGCCCAGAUAAUAUUCGACAUCUCCCCCUCCGUCACCCAGCCCCAGACUCAGAUCUACUACAACGCACACAACCAGCGCAUCGACCCACCCCUCUCCCCCGCCAGCAGCAAGGAGAACUACGACCGCCUGCGCGCCGCCAAGUACUGCAACCGGUACCACCUGCAGGACGACUGCGUGCACGGCACCAGCUGCGCGUACCGACAUGGCCGGCGACUGACGAGUGCGCAGGACCUGCACGAUCUGCGAUGUAUCUCGCGGACGAGCGUCUGCGCCGAGGGGCUGUCGUGCGCGAACCGGAAGUGUGUGUGCGGGCACCAGUGUCCGCGCGAGACGUGGAGGGAUCACGAGCUGGUGGGGUGUCGGUUUCCUGAGGAGAUGCAUGGGGUGGAUCGAGUGAUUGUGAGGGUUGAUUAGGUGAGAACCUUUUUUUUUCUUUUUGGUGUGGGGUGGUUUUGUCUCUUUGGGUUUGUGAUGAUUGCUGUUUGGAUUUGUAGAUUCGUUUCUUCUGUCCUU